GAACGCUCCAUAUCCGGGUUCCCGCCGCCGCCACCGCCGCCGCCGCCGCCGCCUAGCUCAUUCAGCUUUGCCGGGAGUGGUGUGAUUCCCGACCAAGAUGGCGGCUGUGGGGCGAGUCGGCUCCUUCGGUUCCUCUCCGCCGGGAUUAGCCUCCACUUACGCAGGCGGCCCCUUGGCUAACGAGCUAACAUCGGGCAACGGCGGCGCCGCAGCAGGCGACGACGAGGACGGGCAGAACCUUUGGUCCUGCAUCCUCAGCGAGGUCUCCACCCGCUCGCGCUCCAAGCUCCCCGCAGGGAAGAACGUAUUGCUGCUGGGUGAAGAUGGAGCUGGAAAAACAAGCUUAAUAAGAAAAAUUCAGGGAAUAGAAGAGUAUAAGAAAGGAAGAGGAUUGGAAUAUUUGUACUUCAAUGUUCACGAUGAAGACCGAGAUGAUCAAACAAGAUGUAAUGUAUGGAUCUUAGAUGGAGACCUGUAUCACAAGGGCCUCCUGAAAUUUUCACUGGAUGCCAUUUCUCUGAAGGACACUCUAGUUAUGCUGGUUGUUGAUAUGUCAAAGCCUUGGACUGCUUUGGAUUCUUUACAGAAAUGGGCAAGUGUUAUUAGAGAACAUAUUGACAAGUUGAAAAUUCCUCCUGAAGAAAUGAAAGAAAUGGAACAAAAGUUGAUUAGAGACUUCCAAGAAUAUGUAGAGCCGGGAGAAGAUUUUCCAGCCUCUCCUCAGAGAAGAAAUACCGGGUCACAGGAAGAUAAAGACGACAGUGUGGUUUUACCUCUGGGUGCGGACACACUUACACAUAACUUGGGCAUCCCAGUACUAGUAGUUUGCACAAAGUGUGAUGCCAUUAGUGUAUUGGAGAAAGAACAUGACUACAGAGAUGAACAUUUUGAUUUUAUUCAGUCACAUAUCCGGAAGUUUUGUUUACAGUAUGGUGCAGCACUUAUUUACACUUCAGUGAAAGAAAACAAAAAUAUAGACUUAGUAUAUAAAUAUAUCGUUCAGAAACUGUAUGGAUUUCCCUAUAAGAUUCCUGCUGUUGUUGUGGAAAAAGAUGCAGUAUUUAUCCCAGCAGGGUGGGAUAACGAUAAGAAAAUAGGAAUAUUACAUGAAAAUUUUCAAACAUUGAAAGCGGAAGAUAAUUUUGAAGACAUUAUAACCAAACCACCUGUGCGAAAGUUUGUACAUGAGAAGGAAAUUGUGGCAGAAGAUGACCAAGUGUUUCUUAUGAAGCUACAGUCCCUUUUAGCAAAGCAACCACCAACUGCAGCUGGAAGGCCUGUGGAUGCCUCACCAAGAGUCCCAGGAGGCUCCCCUCGAACACCAAAUCGAUCUGUGUCGUCCAAUGUUGCCAGCGUGUCGCCCAUCCCUGCUGGGUCAAAAAAAAUUGAUCCAAACAUGAAAGCUGGAGCUACAAGUGAAGGUGUCCUGGCAAAUUUCUUCAAUAGUUUGCUGAGUAAAAAGACUGGUUCUCCGGGAGGCCCUGGUGUUGGCGGUGGUAGCCCUGGAGGUGGGGCUGGAGGUGGAAGCAGUGGUUUACCACCAUCCGCCAAAAAAUCAGGCCAGAAGCCUGUCCUAUCAGAUGUUCAUGCGGAACUAGACAGAAUUGCACGCAAACCAGUUACAGUUUCCCCUACGACACCUACAUCUCCUACGGAAGGAGAAGCUUCUUGAAGAUACCAAAUAAAGCCAUUUAUUCAGUUUUCUGGGAUAAUGUAAACUUGCCUCUGCCUUCUCCUUCAAAAGUGGAAUUAAGGAACUGGAGUGCUUUUUCAGAUGGACUAAAUUUCUUUUUUUUUUUUUAAUUUUUAUUUGUGGUUGCCCAUUUUUUAUAAAAGGAAGCUAUACAGAAGAAAAAUUAUUCUACAUUAUGUAGGAUUGCUGUUUGCAUUGCCACUUUGCAUAAGGAAAUAAUUUUGGAUUUUGAAAAACUCAAAAUUUAUAGAUCUGAAAUACAGCCACGUGAUCAUACUCUAAAGGCUAUUUAGAACAUGGGAGGGUUUAGGAAAAGGCAGAAAAUAAUAUGCUUUGGGCAUUUGACUGACUUGAAAGUCCAAACUUAUUUUAGUUAAGACUAUUAAAAUCAUUUGAAAAAUUAUGUAUUAGUUUUGCUGGAAAAGAGAAAAUGAUCAAUUGUCAGAUUUUCCACACCAACGUAAAUAUACCACCACACAUGGAAUAUGCUGAGAAAACUAUCAGAUAGCAUUUUAUACACUAGUCAUUGUUUCGAUCCAUGAUCCUGUAAGUUGUCAUCAAAAUGGAAUUUUAAAAUAUUGGCCAAGAUUCAUUCUUUAACUGAGAAGAAAGAAAGCACACUGCCUAAAUGCAUAAAAGAAAAAUGCAGAGGUUAUUAAAAUGUAAAGAGGUAACAGUCUUUGGAUUUGUCUAUCUAUAUCUGUAUUGAUAUAUAGAUAUAGAUAUAUAUAUGGCUCUGCCUUAAUAUACCCCUUUUUUGUUUGUGACUUUCAACUGUAAUCAGUUAAUAAAGUAUUUAUUCUCUGCAUUCAAGUUCAAAUAACUUGUUGCAUUCUCUUAUAUAUAAUUUGUAUUUAUCAGACCAUGAAUAAGAUUCAUUAGUAUUUUAAGGUAUUUGACUUUAUAGGGUUAUUAAGCAUUCUGAUCUUUGUAAGAGACAAGUGAAUACGUAAGAUUCCUUAAGUUUCCUUAAGUUGGGAGUUUACCUUGAUCAACACGUCUUCUCCACAAGCAUGUCUUGAACUACAGAAUCUUAUGUCAGCAUUUCUGGUAGAUAAAAAUAUAGCCUUUUAUCAUUAUUUAUUGGGCAGAAGCUGUUUAAAAGCUUGGCGAAUGCACUAACACAUAGCUCCUCUCUUACGGGUGAGAACACCUGUUGUUAGUAGUUCCACCUGAAUUUUCAAUACUGUUUUUAAAUGCUUGUUGUAGAACCUUCAUAAGAACAAUUUGACUUCUUAUGAAGUUUGCCUAAAGAACAUACGUACAUUUAACUUACUGAAUCAUUACAGAUAACUGGGAAAAAAUGGCUACUGCCCUUAUAUUGGCCUUCAUUAUUACUUUAAAAUAUAUAUUCCAAAGAUUUUUUUUCAGCAAAAAUGUUUAAGGACAAUAUCCCUACUAUCUAACAUAAUCCUUUCGUUAGGAGUUUAAAACCUUUACUUUUAAAUAGUAUUUGGCUCCUAAUAGUUGAAUAUAAGUGUUAAAAUAACAUGAGAGGGUAAUGAUUUGUUUCAAGGUGGGAAAAACUUAGGUUGUUCAUGGGCACGGAAAAACUAAUUUGUAAAAACAUUUUGUUUGAGGAAAUGGAAGAUGAAAAAUGCCUCUGAUAGAACCUUUAGUCUGGAAAGGGUUCUGCAGUCAUGGUGUUAUAAAGACCAGUUUUUCUGAACUAGUACUUUAAGUAAAACUAAUGACAGAAAGAAAAUUGCUGCCUGUGCAUCAUGUCUGCUGUGUUUGCAUGUCUAGACCAACUCAUUUUUCUCUGUGUGACAUUGGAGGUGUACUAGAAUAUCCUUGGAAUUGAGUCAUCAGCUGAAAUAACUGUCAGUGUUCAUUUUAUAUGGUAUUCAGUUUUAACUAAUCUAAAACCUUGUGUUUACCCUGUUUAAACCUUAAACCAAUUUUUGAUCCUAUUUUUUGCAAGGAAAUUUGUUUUUAAACUACUUAAUUGUUUCUGUUUUGUUUUUAAGCAGUUUUUAUUGAGGUAUACAGUACAGAAAAGUGUGCAAAUUCAGGUUAUAUGGUUUGAAAUACCUCUUAAUCGGCGCCACGAUCAAGAAAGAUGUUAGUGGCUCCUGUGUUCUUCUGUGUGCCCCUCAUUAGGACCCCUGCCUGCCAAGUGACCACUAUCCCAACUUGCACAGGCAUAGAUAAGUUUUAUUUAUUUAUAAUCUUUAUGUAAAUGGAAUCUUAGAGUUGAUAUUCUUUUUGUGAAAGGUUUCUUUAUUAGUUCUGUGACACAUCAAAUACAUGUAGCAAUAAUUAUCCCUUCUCAUUGCGCCAUAAUACUCCACCAUGCAAAUACGCUACAAUUUAUCCAUUAUGCUACUGAUGGAGGUAUAUCAGUUUCCUAUUGCUGCUGUAACAAGUUACCAAAUUUCAGUUGCUUCAAACACUACAGUUUUAUUAUUUUACCAUUCUGGGGGUCAGAAGUCCAAAAUCAGCCUUACUUGGGCUGAAGUUAAGGGGUCGGCAGGGCUGGUUUCUUUUGGAGGCUCCAAGGAGCAUCUCUUCCUUCCUUUCUAGCUUCUAGAGGCUGCUUGCAUUCCUUGGGUUCCUGGUCCCUUCUCCAUCUUCAAGACAUGGCAUCUUCAACCCGGUGCUUCCGUCACAUCACUUCUCGCCCUGAACCUGCUACCUCCCUCGUGCCAGCAUCCGUGUGAUUAACUUGGGCCCACCUGAGCAAUCCAAUGUAAGCUCCCUCAACACCUCACUCACUCUCCUUACUAGCCUGGUUUCUGAAGAGAAACUGGAUAUAAUUCUUAUCUUUGCUUCUCCAUAGAUUUUUUUUUCCUUUGGCUUCUUUCAAGAUUUUUUGUCGCGCAGUUUGAUAUACCUAGGCAUAGUUUUUUGGGGAUUUAUCCUUAGUGUUCUAUGAACUCUCUGGAUCUGUGGUUUAGUGUCUUGACAUUAAUUCGGGGGAAAUUCUCAGUCGUUACUGCUUCAAAGAUUUAUUUUGUUCUUUCUUCUGUAUUAUGUAUAUGUUACAUCUUUGUAGUCUUAACAGUUUUAGAAUAUUCUAUUCCAUCCCCCCCCCCCCCGGCCUUUUGUUGCAUUGCUUUUUCAUUUCGGAAGUUUCUUUUAACAUAUACUGUCACUCAGAGAUUCUUUCCUCAGUCAUGUCCUGUCAACUAAUUAGCCCACGGAAAGCAUUCUUCAUUUCUGUUUGUUUGUGUUGUUUGUUUGUUUGAAUCUCUAUCAUUUCUUUUUGGUUAUUUUCUAGAAUUUCCAUCUUUCUGCUUAUAUUACCCAUCUAUUCUUACAUGUUGCCUAUUUUUUUUGUUAGGGCCCUUAGCAUAUUAAUCAUAAUUGUUUUUCUUUUUUAUUUUUUUUAAUUUUUUUUAAUGUUUAUUUAUUUUUGACAGAGAGAGCAUGAGCAGGGGAGGGACAGAGAGGGAGACACAGAAUCCAAAGCAGGCUCCAGGCUCUGAGCUGUCCGCACAGAGCCCGACAUGGGGCUCAAACUCACAGACUGUGAGAUCAUGACCUGAGCCUAAGUCGGAUGCUCAACUGACUGAGCCACCCAGGCACCCCAGUCAUAGUCAUUUUUUAAUUUGUGGCCUGAUAAUUCAUCAUCUCUGCCAUAUCUGAAUCUGAUUCUGACACUUGCUCUGUCUCUUCAAACUACUUUUUGCCUUUUACUAUGCCUUAUAAUUUUCUGUUGAUAGCUGGACAUGAUGUACUGGGUAAAAAGAAGUCCAGUGAAUAGACCUUUAGUAAUGUGGUGGUAAGAUGUUGGGGAGAGGGGAAGCAUUCUGUAGUCCUAUGAUUAGGUCUCAGUGAGCCUGUGCCCCUGGGCUGUGAACUUCACAAGUGCUUCUCAGUCCCCAUCUCCACCCACAAACCCCUACCCCUUAGGUGGGACUGGAUGGCUGGAUGGGGAACACCAGGGAGUUUUUCUCUGAUUUUUUCCCUUUGAGAUCCUGAUAGAACUCCUGGAGGUAAAAGUCACAAAAGUGGGGGAUUCCCCUAGACCAGGGAUUUUUAGUUCACAGAAUUGUCUACUCUGAGCCACCAGCAGCUUGUCAACUAUAGUUCAGGCUUUCCUACCCCAGUACUGUCUCCCUCAGAGGUUUCUGCUUGGGAGUUUCUAGUUAAACAAGUUGUUCUGGUCCAUUUGCCAGUUUCCAAUUUGGGGGACAAGGAUUGGCCCUGGGACCUCACUUCUCUGACAAAUCUAAAAAGAGUUGUUGAAUUUUCAGUUCAGCAUUUUGCUUGUUAGGGUGGAAAGAUGACUUUCAAACUCCUUACUUGUUGGCUUGGAAACUGGAAGUCUGGUUUCACCCUCUCAAAAUCCUAAUCACAUCUGCAAAGUCCCUUUGCCUAAUAAGGUAACAUUCACAGGUCCCAGGGAUUAGGAUAUGGACGUCUUUGUAGGACCAUAUUUAGGCCUACCUAUAGGAUGUUUGGGUGACUUUUAAUUUUUCAAUUGCUAUUGUGAAUUGUGCUGUUACCAACACUCUCAAAUGUGCUUUGUGGAAAAUAAGUUCUCAUUUCUACUGAGUGUAUGUGUAGAUGUGGAUUGCUGGGUCCAUGGGCUAUGUGGUAUAUUCAGCUUUAGUAGAUAAUGCCAAACAGUUUUUCCAAAAUGGUUAUACGAAUUUCCAUUCCUGGGGUGCCUGGCAGGCUCAGUCAGUAGAGUUUAAGCCCCACGGUGGGUGUAGAGAUUACAUAAAAAUAAAAUAUCAAAAAAAAAAAAGUCCAUUCCUGGGAGAAAAUAUUUGCAAAAUAUAUAUCUAAAGAGUCUAGUAUUCACAUUACAUAAAGAAUUCUAACAACUUAAUGGUAAGACCGGUAACCUAAUGUGAAAAUGGCCAAAGGAUUUGAAUAGACAUUUCUCCGAAAAAGAUACACAAAUGACAAGCACAAGAAAAGAUGCUUAUUCUUAUUAGCAGGUGAGGAAAUGCGGAUCAGAACCACAGUGAGGUACCACUUCACAGCCAAAACAAAAAAUGAGUGUUGGCGAAGAUGUGGAGAAAUCAGAACACCCAUACAUCACUGGUGGGAAUGUAAAAUGUAAAACCGGCAGCCACUUUGGGAAACAAUGUGGUGGCUCCUCCCAAGAUUAAACAUAGUUACCUUAUGACCCAGCAAUGCCCCUCCUAGAUACAUACCCCACAGACUGAGAACAUUUGCAUCACAGAAACUUGUAUGCAAAUGGUUACAGCAGCAUUACUCAUAAUAGCCGCAUGGCGCAAACAACCCAAACAUCUACCAACAAAUGGAUAGACAAAAUGUGGCAUAGCCUACAAUGGGAUAUUUUUCAGCUAUAAAAAGGAAUGAAGUAUUGAUACAUGAUACAACAUGGGUAAACCUUGAAAACAUACUGUUAAGGGAAAGAAGGUAGUCACAAAAUGUCACGAUAUAGGAUUCCAUUUGCAUGAAAUGUCCAGAAUAGGCAAAUGCAUUGAGACAGAAAUAGUGGUCUAUUGUUUAAAUUUUAGACAUUCUGGCAAGUAUACAGUAGGACCUCGUGGUGGUUUUAAUUGUAUUUCCUUGAUACCUAAUGCAUGUUUUAUGUUUAUUGGCCAUAUAGAUACCCUCUUUUGUAAAGUACCUCUUUAAGAAUCUUAAGAGUCUUGUCCUUUUUCUUUUUCUUUUUUUGCGGGGGGAGGGAGUAGGGGGGAAGAUGAGGGGGAAACUAUCUGACUUUUUCUUACUGACUUAUUCUUUACAUAUUCAGGAUGCUUGUUCUUGUCAGAUACAUAUUGUAAAUAUCUUCUCUCAUUUUGUGGUUUGCCUUUUCUCUCUCUGGUAUCUUUUGAUGAAUAGGAGUUACUGAUUUUAAUAUUCCAUUUGUCAGCUUUUCUUUAUGGCUGUCGCUUUUAUCAUCUGUUUUAAAGAAAUCCUUGCCUACCCUCAAGGUGAUGAUAUUCUAUAAUUUUUUUUUUUUUCUAAAAGAUUUAUUGUUUUACUUUUCUACAAUCCUAGGAUUGAUUUCUCUGCAUGGUAUGAAGUAGGGGACAAGAUUCUUUUUUUUUUUUUUUAAACUGUGGGUGUUCAAUUAAUUCAGUACCAUUGUUGGGAGACUCAUCCUUCUUCACUUUGCUGUAGUCCCCCCUUGGUCAUAAUUUAACUGUCCAUCUAUGUAUACUUCUGUUUCUGGGCAUUCUGUUCUCUUCUAUUUGCCAGUUUGCCUAGACUGUACUGAUACUACAGUCUCAGUUUCUGUCCUUUAUCUGGUAACCUAAGGCCUCCGGUAUUGUUUCUCUUUAAGAUUGUUUUUGCUAUUCUUGACCCUUUGCAUUUCCAUUUACUGGGCCAUUGCCCCCCCCCCCCCCCCGCCCCACACACACACCCUACAUUUUGAUUGACAUUGCAUUGAAUUUAUAGAUCAAUUUGGGGAUAACUGUCAUCUUUAAAACAUCUUCCAAACUGUACACAGAAAUAUCCUCCCACUUAUAAAGGUUUCCUUCAUUUUCUCCUAGCAAUAUUUACAUUUUUCAAUGUAUCCUCUUGCACCUCCUGUUGGUACAUUAUUUUUUCCACUGAAUUUUUUCGAUGCUAUCGUAAAUGGCAUCCUUUUAAAGUUUCAUUUUAUUUGUUGCUGGUGUAUAGAACUACAUCUUUGUCAUAUUAUCCAGAAACCUUAUUCAAAUUCCUUUAUUAAUGUAAUGGUUAUGUGUAAUUUAUUAUGUAUUUUUCUACAUAGAAUUAUGUCAUCUGCAAAUUAUGAGUCUUAUUUCCUCCUUUUUAAUGUUGUCUUGCUUUAUGACUCCUGUACCCCAGUACAGAAUACUGUUGAACCAGUGAGAGGAAGCAUCUUUAUCUUGUUCCCCACCUCAGAAUGAAAGCUUUUAAUAUUCCACUAUUAAGUCUGUUUACUGCAUGCUUUUUGUAGAUACUCUAUCAAAGAAAGAAAGUUCUCUUCUUUCCUAGUUACUUUAUAUCAUGAGUUUUAUCAUGAAUGAGUGUUGAAUUUUAUAAAAUGCUUUUUUCUUUAUUGAGAUAAUCAUUUUCUUUUUUUUUUUUCUGUUAAUGGUAUCAUUUACAUUACCUUUUAAAAAUAUUAAGCCAACUUUGUAUUCCUGAAAUAAAUCUAACUUGAUCCUGAUGUAUUAGUUUUGUUAUAUUGCUGGAUUUGGUUUGCUAACAUUUUAUUAGGAUUUUGCAUUCUGCACCUGAGAAAGAUUGGCCUGUAAUUUUCAUUUCCCAUCAUGUUUCUGUCAGUGUUUGAUAUCAAGAUUAUGUUGACCUCAUAAAUCAAGUUGGGAAGUAUUUUCUUUUUGUAUUCUUUGUAAAGACUUUGUGAAA